GCUGGAUCUCGAUAGCAAAUAUCUUCCUCACCAAUCUUCUGGUUGCCUUGUAGAUGAUUGCCAAAAGAAGUUUGCAUUGUUCUUGAUAAGAAAAUUUGUUAACCGUAAUUAAGUCACUCAGUGUGAUGGUUCGAGUUUCAUGGGGUCGUUGCCUAAAUUCCACGUUUAUCUUUGCCCUAUGGCGGGCGUUGUAUGCCAGCCCGGAAGGUCCAGUCUGGCUUUCUAUUGACCAUUUUUUGGCUACUAGAUUUUCUAAGUUGGAACAUGUUCCAGUACGGAGCGAGGGUAUGACUUUUACCUCUUUUCAUUUCUGUGAGUUUGAGCUCUUAAAUUUGUGUAUCUCAGUGUGUACUUGAUUGUUUUGCCUAGUUUGAGAUCAAGGUGUGUAUCGGUUUCUGGUGUGUUUAGAAAGAAACAGUGAGUGAUGUGGAGGUGUUCAACUUCAGUGUGGCCGCGCCUCCAUGGGUGUGUAAGUAUGCAGACGAAAUGCAUCUAUUCCUGGACUUGUUACUUUAGAAGCAACCAAUAGAAGAAGUGUUUUUGUUUUUCCUAUUAUUAUGCCAAGCUUGUUUAUCUCCUUGAAAUACACAGACGGUGUGGUGAGUCGAUGCUUAUCCUUGAUGAGACAUUUAUGAUUUUAUUAUAUUAAUUUUGCCAUU